AGCGGAGAGCUGUCUUCAGUCUGUGGAGGACCGACGUCAGUGUUUGUGCUUCUCUGGGAAGAUGGCGGAGGCUGCGGCUGUUCCACCGCAUCGGUUUUUCUGUCACUGUUGUAAGGGAGAAGUGAACCCAAAACUCCCGGAGUACACCUGUCCAAGGUGUGAAUCAGGGUUCAUAGAAGAAGUAACAGAAGACUCCAGUCUUCUAGAGGGUGGCUCCAAUGGGAUAGAUGACACAGCCACACAGUUUGCAGAGCUAUGGCACCUGUUGUUACUGGAGCGGCCAUUCACAACAGACGGCGACACGCCGGACUCAGAACCUCGGCUACCCGGAGGCCGCUUGGGGAGUCUGAGCGACUUAGGAGGUUUAGGGGGUGGGCCAAUUGGGGGGUCAGUCCCAGCAGGGUUAGGGGGACCUAUGGGGGGUCUACUAGGAGCAGGGGAACACUGGGGUCCGGGGCGUCCCCCUCGUCUGCACAGCCAGAGGAGAUAUCGGUCCAGAGGCAGCAGUAGACCCGACCGCUCGCCUGCUGUUGAAGGGAUUGUACAACAGUUCCUUGCUGGUCUCUUUGCCAACUCUGGAGUCCCUGGCUCCCCACCCCUGUCGUGGACAGGGAUGCUGCACUCUAACCCAGGGGAUUACGCUUGGGGACAGGGAGGGUUAGACGCUGUGAUAACGCAGUUACUAGGUCAGCUGGAGAACACAGGGCCUCCUCCAGCAGAGAAAGAGAAAAUCUCUUCACUCCCAACUGUCAAUAUCUCUCAGGAACAAGCAGAUUGCUGUAUGGAAUGUCCAGUGUGCAAAGAGGACUUUGCUGUGGGAGAGCCAGUCAGACAGCUACCCUGUAACCACUUCUUUCAUUCAGACUGUAUAGUGCCAUGGCUGGAAAUGCAUGACACAUGUCCAGUGUGUAGGAAGAGUUUGAACGGAGAAGACAGCAGCAGCCAGCCCCCUUCAGAGUCCCCCACCCUCUCCAUGGACCCCCGCACACAGGAGAGAUGGUCCUUCUGAGACACCCACCUGUGUCAUCCCUCGCUUCUCCUCGCCCACUUUCAACAACACACAGAGAAGACCGAAUGCUUCUCACUCUCCUCUCUUCAUCUCUGUUGCAGUCAUAAUCAUCUCGGUCUGAUAUUUUUUUUUUUGUAUUUUAAUUUUUUAUUUUAAUGCCUUUCUCCUCGACCAUGUAUACAGAAACCCUUGCAGACGUCUUAACAGCCUCCUGAAGUCUGCUGGAUCUCCUGUUUUCUUUUUUGCCUCACAUCGAACCAGCAGAGACUGAAAGUGAUCAAACCCAUGUACUCUACUUCCACCUCUCAAGCAAGCUCCUUUUCCGUUUAUUUUCUGAAAUGCACUGCUGCAAAACACUAUUGUAAGGAAAUGCCAGACUUUACGUCAUACACCACGCCCUCAUCAACUCAUUGGAAUUAUGGCUAAAAGCUGCAACUGAGCCCUGGAGAAUACAGUCAGGGUUACAUUAACUCUUGGCAUUUACAUGACAAGAAUAUGUAGAGCCCUGCAAUAAGUGUAAUAAUGAUGAAGGGUUAGAUAAUGUUUAACUUUUGGGAGAUUAAGAUGUGGAUUGAACUCUGGGUCGCUGCUGUUUAACGGCCUCAAACUGAAGCUGUGACAUAGAACUAAAGUAAAGGGAUUCCUCACACCCUCCAGCACCAUUAAAAUAUCAGUCAUAGCAAUAAAGGAAUGAAAUUACAAAUCUAAA